AUGUUACUGGCGUUCCUUGCCAUGGUGGUUCUCACCAUUCCAGCUCUUGGAGACGACUACAAGUACAAGCCACCCAAGUAUAAGCCAACUCCCAAGUAUUAUAAGCCACCUCCCAAGUACAAGCCACCUUCAUAUAAGAAGCCACCUCCCAAGUACAAACCAAAACCACCACCAUACAAGCGCCCGCCAACUCUACCUCCGAUAAAGGGGAAACCAAAACCGUAUAAGCCAUACCCACCUUACGGACACUACCCGGGACACCCUCCGGUGGAAGCUGUCCCGUAG